AUGUCCCUAUCCAGUUCGUCGCUACAAAAUGAUCAAGAUUAUGAGUAUGCUGUACAGGAUCUUGAAAAGGAAAAGCAGAUGGUUACUGCUUUGAAACGUUUGUCCAUAGGCCAUAUGAUGCAGUAUGAUCCUGAUCUUCCUCCAAAUACCAGCUUGUCAGAUAUCAAUAGUGGCUCCAUUUUCCCCACUUGUAAUUCAAGUGGCUCUGCUAACCCGGCCCAGGUUUUCGCUGCAACUGGCUCCAUUUUCCCCACUUGUAAUUCAAGUGGCUCUGCUAACCCAGCCCAGGUUCUCGCUGCAACUGGCGUCCUGUUGCAAGGCGACGAAAACGAAGGUGCUGAUGAAGAGAUACCUUACCACACAAUACCCGUCUCAAGAACCUCUCCAAGAAGGCAAAUAACCCACCAUCACCACCAUCCUUCUCGUCAACAUUCAACUUCCUCCAAUGAAAAUCAUCAAACUGCAACAACAAGCAAAUCCCCUAGUCCCAUCAAGAGAAAAAGCCUCUUGAAUGAUAACUCGAGUAUAACCACCGCAGAAAGUCAAGAUCUGUAUUCCGACGCGACAGAUGAUCAAGUUUAUGACUCCUCUAGUGGCUUAAUUUGGGUACCUGCAAAUAUGCACCCGCAGAUUAAUCCGGAAUCUUUUAAAUCGCUAAUUAAGAAUCAGUUUGAGGAGAUUUUGGAUAAAAAGUUGACAAAACAGAAAGUCUUGUCGAGAAGAUCGACAUUGUCACAUAGCACUUUGGACACUACAGAAACAACAACACAAGGAGGAACAGGUGGAGAAGAAGGAGGAGAAGAAGAAGGAGAAGGAGAAGGAGAAGGAGGAGAAGAGGAGGAGGAGGAGGAGGAGGAAGCAUCAUUAUUAGCUGCUGCUGCUACUGCUGCAUCGGGAGCAAGAGAUGGCACAACAGACAUGAAAUCACAUUCACUUGAGCAAAAUGCUGGUGAUGAACUCGAUCAGAAAAGAUUCUCAUUGUCAAAAUCUCUGAACUCAGAGUCGAAUUCACCUCUGAAAGACUCAUCGGCAAAAAGAGAAUCUCAAAAGAGAAUUCUGAACCCAUCGUUGAGAGAAUUAACUUCAGAAUUACAACAAUUGUCGAAAAAGGCUGGAUUGGAUAAAUCAGAUGCAGUCACUGUGGCUAGAACAUUAUCUUCAAACUUACUAGGGUAUACCGAUGUGGAAAAAAUGGCAUUUGAUGAGUUGAAUAGAUCUCCUCCUAAUGAACUGGAUGAGGGAAAUGCCCCCUCGAAUACUUUACAUUUGCAACACCGCUUACAGCAACAGUUUAAACAAUCCUUGUUACGUUCAUAUAAAGAUUCAAUAGAUAAUCUUGAUUUGAGUAUUGGGCCCUUUCCAACCAACACCAAUAAUUCAAGUGAUUUUGCACUAAAAAGGAGUAGGAGAACAGAUUAUCGAAAACGGGACAUGGACUAUUCUCCUGCUAGUGAGUCAAUGGCUACAUCAUUGCCAUCACCAACAUCAUCAUCAUCGGCGUCAGCGCCAUCAUUAUUGCCAUCUAAACACACCAAUAAAAUACUCCCCUUCCCACCAACUCCAACUACCCUGUCAUCACCUUCCUUUCAAAGGAAAUAUAACUCAAGGAAUUCUCAAUUAUUAUUUAAUUAUAGAAAACCUAGUGAUCCUAGUUUAGAAUCACGAAGAAGCUCUUCUAGUAAGGGUAACUUACAGUUCCCAAUUGACCUAUCAGUGGAGAAUAUGCUGACAUCAUUGUCAAAUAGUGGUCCAUACAUGACUGAGUCCCCACUUGUGAAUUUCAAUCGUAUGCCUACUAAGAAAUCCAAAGACUCUCCACCAAUUAAGUCAGAAUUUUUACACAUUAAUAAAGACAGGAAAAAUGCAAAUACAUCAAACUCUUAUGGUGGUGGUGGUGGAAACCAUCGGAGAAAAGAUGAAGAGUCUCGUCGUCACCGACCGACUUCACCUCCACAGCAGUCUAUGUAUGGAUCGGCCUCAGUGCAUAAUCAUAAUUACCAAGAACAAACUCAGCUGUUGCAUAUGUAUCCGGAACAAGGGUUAUAUCAACAAAAAAGCCGUCAUAGUUCAAUGCCAGAUGGAUCAGUACGCUCAAAACAACAACAACAACAACAACAACAACAACAACAACAACAACAACAACAACAACAAUACCAACAAUACCAACAUCAGCACCAGUACCAACAACGCCAGAGCCAACACCAACACCAACACCAACACCAGCAACAACACCAGCAUUCAAAUUACUCACUCUCGCCAAUUUCUCAGACCCCCUCUCAGAGGCACAGAGCAGCAACAAGUAACAAGCUCUCUUCCGCCUCUAACAUUGACACUAACGAUUUUAUGGUUCUGACUCCUACACGAUAUAAGCAACAGAGAUUACAAUACAAAGAAAUAAAUCGAAAUCAAGUACAAAAAGGGUUAAAGGUCAAAGACACAAAUACUUUGAAACAUCCCACUAAAGAGAAACAACAUGGCUAUCCACCAGUGUCCAAUGUCAUGGUCCCGCGCUCACAGCAAUUGCAUCAAAAUUUAGAUUUGUUAAGGUCAGAAAUUAAUGAGUUUAAGGAAAGUUUAAGCAAAAGUGAAGAAAUUAGUGAAAAACAAACAAGUAGGAAACAUAGACAAGCCAAUUAUGACGAUUAUUAUCGUACACGUCCCCCACUUUCCGAUUCUCGUCAUAGCCGUUUUGGUUCUCGUCAUCAUGCCAAUGAAUAUGACAAAGUAGAUGAGCCAAAAAGCCAGCUAAAAUUUGUUGAGCAAGACGAUGUUAUUGGUAAAGGCGUAAGUCACCCUGAGAUCAGUUUUGACUUGAGCUAUCAAGAUUUAUCUACUGAUGAUCCUUUAGGUAUGCAGAAUGAUACAGAAUUGGAGUUUAGAGGUAUGGAGAACAUUAGAACACCAUUCCAAGUUAGGGAAUCGGUAGCUUCUAAGGUCAAGGAUGAAGAUGAAGAUAUUUUUGCAAAUAUCCCUACUGUUGAUGGUGCUUAUUUGGAUACUGUUGAUGAUGAUGACAACAACAACAUCGAGCAAGGAAAACCAAAUCAACAACCAUCUAAUCAAAAUGGAUCAUUCACACCUCAAAAUAAGGAGUUACGUCUCGAUUAUGCCCUUCCGGCAACGCCACUGUUACAAGAAUAUUAUUCUCCGUUUACCGAAUUGGAACAACAACAACAACGACAACAGCAGCAGCAGCAGCAGCAACAACAACAACAACGACAACAACAACAACAGCAACAACAGCAACAACAACAACAACAACAGCAACAACAACAACAGCAACAACAACAGCAGCAGCAGCAGCAGCAGCAACAGCAGCAACAACAACAACAGCAGCAACAAAGUAAAUCCGGCACGGAACGUAAAUAUGGUAAUACUUCAGAUGCUCUGACGGUGAAAACAUCUUCCAAGGCAACCAAGGUCAAUACCAAAUUAUUCAACAAGGCUAGUGUUCAAAUUAUUGAUUCAAAUAAUUACGAGGAGAAAAUGGGUAUUAAACAAGGAAAGAAGAGUGAUGACAACAACAAUAACAAGAAGAAGGAAGAUGAUAGUCAAUCGAUGAAGAAUGUAAGAAAGAAAAAAUCGUUUGGAUUGUUACCAGGUGCAAUUACUGACGAAGAAGCAAAAUUGAAGAAGAAGAAAAGCUGGAAUUGGCUAAGAGAUAGAUCGUCUAGUUUGUCUUCCAUUGAUACUUCGAACCUACCACCCGUUUCCGAAAAUAACAAGGUACCUAUUAGAUCAUUUUCUAGUCCCGAAGUGCGUGACGAGUCAAAAGAAACAUUGUUACUACUGCAAGAACCAAAACAUCGAAAAUCAUCAUCGUCACAUACAGAGAAUGCCGAACUUGCUUCGUUCAAUUCGGAUAAGGAGAAUGUUUUAUCUAAAUUGUUCAAGAAGAAAUCCAAGGCGAAUUUGAAUAACGCCUCAACCACGCAGUCCAUUCACUCACAGGAUAGUAAUAAUAGUAAUGGUAAUAAUAAUAAUAAUAACAAUAACAGUAAUAGUAACCAAAUGGACGGUGUUGCAGUUGAUUAUGAAUCCAACCAUCAUAGUCCCACUAAGCCAUUGAAGAAGAAAACUAGUGGAUUGUUUAAGAAGAGAUCGAAAGUGAAAUUAAAUGAAGUGAAGGAUAAAUUAAAUUCGUUGAAUGUUUUGAAAAAUGAAGGUUUAGCACAAAAGAAGAGGUUGAGUGAAGAAAAAGCUGAAGAACAAAAGAGUCAUACUAUCAAGAAAUCUUUUUUGCAUCAGCAUGGUGCGAACCAAUCACCAUUAGCUAGUGACGAUGUUGAUAGGAUGGAAGUGGUGCAGUCGAAAACUAUGACUCAAGAUCAACCUUUAGAACUGAGCAGCAGCAACAACAACAACAAAUCCAGUAAAUCCAGUAAAUCCGGUAAAUUCAGUAAAGAUGAAAAAGUAAAAGAAUCAAUAAUAUUAGUUGAUGAUAAGGGAAAAGCAGCAGCAGCAGAAGGAGAACGCAAAGACACUGAUGAAAAUGAAGAAGAGGAAGAAGUAGAAGAAGAAGAGGAAAUUAGGAAGAAACUGAUUAUAAAGAAACAUAAACGAAAUCGUCACAACAAUAAAAGAAAAGAAAAAGCAACACCAACAUCAUCAUCAUCUUCUUCUUCAUCAUCAUCAUCAUCUUCAUCAGCGCCCCAAGUUGAUGAUAAUACCAAAACUUCACAAUUAGAGCAAUGCGAAUCCGAACAACAAGCUCCAUUAUCACCUACCAGCAUAGAAAAAGAACACCUUAAUAAACUUGAUAUUCAAGAAAAAAUCAAGAAACAGAUCAAAAGAACGUCAAAAGCCAACCAGCCCAUACAAUUCACUGAUUCAGCAUUUGGUUUCCCCUUGCCACCACCAUCACAAUCCACCAUUGUAAUGUUGGAUUAUAGAUUUCCUGUUCAUGUUGAGCGGGCCAUUUAUCGAUUGAGCCACCUAAAAUUGGCCAACCCCAAGAGAUCACUUCGUGAGCAAGUACUCUUGUCUAACUUUAUGUACGCAUACUUGAAUUUGGUUGACCAUACUUUACAUGUAGAGCACAUGGAAAGUGAGGAUAUGAGUGUUAGUGGCAAGCUCAGUGAUGAUGAAGAUGAAGAUCUUGAACAUGAUGGUGACGACGAUGACAACAACGAGGAAGUUGUUGUUCAAAUUAAGGAAGAUCAGAUGCACUUUAGUGAAAACGAGGUGAUUUUUGAGGAGGAGGAUAUGCUAGUACCAUUAACAACUGAAGAAUAUAAAAAUGAAGGAAGAAAAAGAGGUCCUGUUGCAGAGUACAUUACUGCCGACAAUAUUCAUUACGAGGAGGAAGAUGAGAGGGAUUCGAUAUCCAUUGAAUUGGAUGUGGUUUCUAAUGAAGAUGGUGCAAAUGUAACCAGUAAUGAUAGUAGCCCACAAACUUCCAACUCCGAACGAGAAGUACUUGAUGGUGAUUUGCUUCAAGAUUUGUUAUCUACGGAAGGAAGUUUCUAUUUUACGCCAACAUCGCCAUUGGCAGAAUCCUUGGUAGAGGAGUAUGAGUAUACUACAUUAGAUCCAAAAGCUAGAGGAUUUGAGAUUGAAUUUGGUAGAAACGUGAAUGAUGGUGGUGAAGGUGGUGAAAAUGUAAAUUUGCUUGAUGGUGGUGAAGGUGGUGAGGAUGAAAAUUUGCUUGACGGUUUUUUUGUCCCCGUGCUUCCUGUACUGGUGAGCACUGAAGUUGGGGAAGAAAUUGAAAAAGGUUAUACAUCCCUACAUGGGGGGGUGUACAGUGGUGGAGGGUGCAAGCGCAUCAAGGCUAAAAACGAUAGAGAAUUAGAAGUUAUAGCUGAAAUCAGUUCAUUAUUACAGAUUUUGAUCGAGAUUGAUUUGCAAAUUGUUGACGAAUUGAAAAAACUACUCACUAUCGAGGAACUAGACUGCACACUAUCGAGGAACUAG